CAUCAUGGUGUUGGAAUCGGUGGUAGCCCAUUAUCUCAACAAGUACCUAUUCAACUAUGUUGAGAAUCUUGAUGGCAAUCAGCUCAAGAUUAGUGUUUGGGGUGGUGAUAUUGUUCUAAACAAUUUAAAAAUACGAGAAAAUGCCUUAGACGAUUUGGAUCUACCAGUCCAGUUAGUAUAUGGACACUUGGGAAAAUUUGUCCUGAAAAUACCAUGGAAGUCUAUAUACAGCCAACCUGUUGUGGCACAAAUCGAAGAUUUGUUUUUGCUGGUGGCACCCAAACAAAGUGUACCUUACGAUGAAGAAAAGGAACUUAAAAGUCAACUAGAAAGUAAACAGGCUGCCUUAAAGGCCCUCGACGAAGCACACCAACAAGAACUGGAAAAGGACAACAAAGCCGAUCCCGGUUAUGUUGAAAAACUUGUGGCACGUACCAUCAACAAUAUUCAGGUUAAAAUUGCCAAUGUCCAUAUAAGAUAUGAAGACAAUACCAAACCCGAAAGUCCAUAUGCUUUUGGUGUUACACUACAUGACUUCGAAAUAUUUACCACCGAUGAGAAUUGGCAGAAGUGUUUUGUGGAUGGUGUUAUACGCCAUGUUUUCAAAUUGGCCAGCCUCGAUUGUCUGUCAGUCUAUAUGAAUUGUAAUGCUGACACAUAUAGCACAAGGCCAGGACAUGAAAUUGUACAGUUAUUUAGAAACAAUAUUGCAAAUAAAUCAAAUGUUCCCAGGGGCUAUUCAUUUGUACUGGGCCCCAUAUCAUCAGUGGCCAAAUUGUUAUUGAAUUCGGAUCCAAAUCGUGAUGAACCUCCUUUCAGCAUACCAAAAAUCGAUUUAUCCCUGCAAAUGGAGAAAUUAAAUAUUGGACUUACCUCAACACAGUUCCAACUUACCAUGGGUUUACUGGAUGAUAUGAACCAUUUUUCAUUGGGUGUACCCUAUCGGAAAUACAGGCCAUUCAAUACACCCUACAAAGGUAAUGCCAAAACUUGGUGGAAAUUUGCAAUUACUGCCGUUCUGGAGGAACAAAUCAAGAAAAAGAAUCGUUCUUACACCUGGGAGCAUAUUAAAGAACAUCGUCAACUAUGUCGCACAUAUGCCGAAGCCCAUAAGGAACGUUGUCUGACCAAAAAGCCCUCAGCAACACUUGAAGAGACCUGUGCCUUGGCUGAACAAAAACUGGAUCUCUUUAACUUGAUGCUGAUACGAAAACGUGUUCAGCUGGAAGUGGAUCGUGUCCGUCAAAGCGAAGAAACGAAAAAAGAAAAUACCAAAAAAGCCGGCUGGUUCGGUGGUUGGUUUGGUGGUGGUAAAAAGAAUGAUAAUGAUGAUCAAGUGGAUUUGGUGUCAAGUAUCCAGGCUGCAAUGACCCCAGAAGAAAAGAAAAAACUACACAAAGCCAUUGGUUAUGAAGAUAAUAUGGCUCCGCUACAAUUGCCGGAACAUUAUGAAGCGGUACAUAUGAAAUUUACUUUGGGUGCCUUUGAAAUUGGUCUUUACGAUGAUUCCGAAGGGCCUGGAGCAGUGGAUUAUCAUUCGUUGCAGACAAUAAUGUUACUGAAAUUGAAUACCACUACAUGUACUGUUAAACAAAGACCUGGCGGUAAUGCUAUAAGCGUAUCAGUGGGCAUGAAUGAAUUAAUAUUGACAGGUUAUGAAAAAGACCAAUUGGCUCCCACAAUUAUAAAAUCCAAAGUAUCUCAUGAAAAUAAUCUCUUGGAUAUAUUCUUUGAAACUAAUCCACUGGACAAGGAAUGUGAUCAGCGAGUUCGAGUUACGGCACGUCCUCUGCAAAUUGUCUACGACGCCGAGACAAUUUUGAAAUUAAUGAAAGUUUUUGUACCCAAACAAUCAGUGAAUCUCUCCGAAUUGGAAGGUGCAGCCACAUUGAAAAUAUCCAAUUUCAAAGAACGUUCUGCCACCGGCAUGCAAUAUAUGAUUGAAAGUCAUGCCAUUGUACAAUUGGACAUAAGAUUUAUGCCAAAUAUUUUGAUAUUGCCACAAGGUGGAAAAUAUGAGCCCGGAAAGCAGUCAUUGGUAGUGGUGGGCCUUGGCGAGUUACGUAUCUCCUCCGCACCACGCAAAGACACAGCAAAGGACAUAACCACAUUAUAUCACAGCGGCAAGGAACAGGAUGAAAUUCUACAAAUGGUCUUGGAUAAGGCAUAUGAUCGUUAUAAAGUCUCCAUGGAAAAUAUACAAGUUAUGGUUGUUAAACCCCAUGAAAAUUGGGAAUUGGUAAUGAACAAAAUGAUGGAUACCGAUAUGCAUUUGUUGCGGCCAACCUCUGUGAUUGUAGACUGUCAAAUAUGCGUGGUGGAUGAUGAUCCCCGUUUACCGAAAACCAAAAUUGGUAUUCUAUUGCCUUCCAUUAAAUUGAAUCUAUCCGAGGAUCGUGUGUUCGAGGCACUGACUGUGGGCCUGAGUAUACCCCUGCCCGAAAAAGAACAACCUGUUGAACCACCUAAAACUAAUUUGGUAAAGGCUUUAAGCAGUACCUCCAUUAUGCGUUCAAUACCUCAAUUCCUUAACCAAGAUGUAAGACGCAAGGCAUUGGCCUCUUCCAAUUUGGCAACAGAUGUUGAUGUCGUUCAAUAUACCAGCUUAGAAUUAAGUUUUGCUUUGCAAGAAUUCAGUGUAACUCUGAUUAGAACUUCCGCCAUUGAUGUCCUAUCGCCCAUGAGUGAUGGCUCUUCAUUGGAAUUCAAUACUCCAUCGCCACAAUCCCAAGAUUCAGAGGCAGAUGUUGAAUUUUUGGAUACCCAGAGUACAGCAAGUGUUCCGGUGCCCGAUUCGCAUAAGCUAUUAGCUUUCCAGGUAUUACAGCUGGAAGUAUCGGUGGCUCAGCGUACAUUUGAAUUGGUGGCUCAAGCUAAACUUGGUGCCAUAAGUCUGAUGUCUUAUGAGCAAAAUCAAGCAAAACAGGAUCAAGAACUUGUGGUAAUCGAAACUCCUGGCUUUACCCAAGACGGCAAGGCCUUGUUAAAUGUUUCCUUUACCUCGGUGGAUAAGACAACACCCGAUUUUAUUACCAAAUACAAAUCAAUAGAACAAUUGGCCAAAAUUAAUUUUGCCACCCUGAAUGUCAUUCUGCAUCAAGAGAAUCUUUUACAUAUAAUGGAAAUUGCAGAUCAACUGCAACGAAAGGUGGAUAAAAUUAUGGAUUCUGUGGCCAAACCUCAGCCUCAAUUGAAACCUAAAGAUCGUGUUGCGUCAGCUGCCGCCGAUGAGGGCGUUAUUUUCAAAUUGACACGAAUUGCAGAGGAAAAUGAAUUCUCUAAUUUGACCGGCACCACACCAUCGCCCACCGCCACAGUGGCUCGUAAAUCUCGCCGCAGCGCCAAGCAGAAUGUUGUCGAGAGUAUCAAAAUGAAAAUUGAAGCCAAUCUGGAACAGGUUGGCCUUGAGCUGACAUGUCGUAAACGUUCUUUGGCUAGUUUGAAAGUGAAUCAUUUGUAUGCUGGUGUUGUACUUAAGACCUCCUAUACCGAGAUCCAAUUGGGAUUGAAGGAUAUUCUCAUUCGGGAUAUGAACCCAGCUAAUAUUCAUUCCAAUAUUUUGUCUAUUGUGGGCAAAGAUGCUUUGCGAUGUGAUGUGGUCCAAUAUAAUUUGGAUGAGACCAGCAAUUACAAUUCCGAUGAUAUGAAAAUCAAUGUGGAAGUUGGUUGCAUGAAAAUUGUAUUUGUCAAUUGGUUUGUCACCUCAGUUCUGAGUUUUAUGAAUAACUUCCAAGCUGCCCAGCAGGCGAUUGCAAAUGCUAGUGCCGCAGCUGCAGAUGCUGCCAAACAAAAUGCGGUGGCCGUGUACGAGAAAGCUACACGUAUGAAACUAAAUGUCAAGGUCAAGGCUCCAGUUAUUAUUGUGCCCAUUGACUCAAAGAGUUUAGACGCCAUUGUCCUCGAUUUGGGUCAAUUGAUAUUGAGCAAUGUCAUCACCGAUAUUAAUACGCCAGACAAUGAAAAAGGACCCGCUGUUAUGGAUGAAAUUAAAUUGGUACUUAAGGAUAUGCGUUUGGUACGUGUUAACAUCCUAGAAGAAACUCAACAAUAUCAAAGCCAUUCUUCGGACUUGAAUGCUCCUUUGGAUGUUGUGGAUUCCAAUUUUGGUUUUAAAUCGAAAUUGAAUAUUUUAGAUCCUACAAGCUUUACAUUGGUGGUUAAGCGUAAUUUAUCCUUCUCUUGGUAUAAAAAGCAACCAGAAAUUGAUAUAUCGGGACGUUUGAGAUCAAUUGAAUUGAAUCUAUUCACCGAUGAUUAUGGUCUUAUAAUGUCCAUAUUAAAUCGAAAUAUGAGUGAAGGUGCCAAUGAGUUCCCCAAUGUGGCGGCUGCACCCUCGCUACCACCUCCAUCUCCGGCAGCAGCACAACCUAAGAGUCCAACAUCAUCGGUACCCAAAACACCUGUUGAUAGUCCGGCCAAGAAAGCUGUGGAUCAAUUCAAGGAAAAAAUGCGUCUCAAAAGCAUUGAGCAAGAACGUGUUUGUGAACAAUUUAAAUUCAACUUCCAAUUGGACGGUGUGGUUAUUAAUCUAAUGGCCGAUGUUAAUGAGGGUUUGGCACGUUUCGGCCUUUAUGUUAUAUCCCUUAAAGGUACCAAACUUAUGGAUGAAACCCUAACCACAAAUAUUGUAUUGUGCAAUAUGCAGUUGGAAGAUACACGGCCCAGCAAUACAAGUGAAAUUAAGAAGUACCUCUGCCGUAAAGAUUGGUUUGAUGUUGAGUUAGAGGAGCACUUAGGUUCACCAUCAAAUCAAGGGGAUAGUAAAAUGGUACGCGACUCACAAUAUAUGUUGGAUGUAACGGCUGUGAUCAAACAAAAUGACACCAUGGCUAAAGUGCGCAUCUCGUCGUUUGAUUUGAUUUUGUGCGUAGAUUUUAUGUUGAAAUUAACCGAGUUCAUAAAGGUACCGGAAAGUGAAGAGAAACCCGAAGAGAAAGAGGAAGAAGAAUCACAAGCUAUGGCCAUUGCUCCGCCCCAACAGCAGCAGCCUGGUCAAAUUAAGACGAUGGCAAGUGCAGCAGCUGCUGUACGCCAAAACACCCAGGUGGAAAUCGUUGAAGAAGAUAAGGAUGUCAAAAAAAUGAAUCUAACGUUGAUUAUCGAAGAACCCGAUAUUAUUCUUGUGGAAACAUUGAAUGAUAUGAACACCAGCGCUAUUGUAUUUAAUAUGGCAACCAACAUUAAUUAUCGUGUUGUGGGUAAAACUGAAAAAAUCGAUGGUAAAAUUGACAAUCUGAAAAUGUACAUGUGCUCCUUUGCUCCCGAGAAAAGGCAAUCAACUCAGCAUUAUAUUUUACAUCCUUGCUACAUAAAUUUGCAUAGCUCAACACCACCCGGUGAAGAAGGCAUGAAUGUUAGUUUGAAAACCAGUGCCAUCUUUAUUAAUAUAUCACCAGCCGCUUUGGAACUUUUCAAUAAGGCCAUGAAAUCCAUUACCUCCAAUAGUGCUGAUGAAAGUAAAAAUUUGGAACAGGCCAACUAUAGUGACAUAUGGACACCAAAGAAAUUCAAGGAUAAUGAUUAUUGGUUCUUGAAACCGGAUCAAGCUGAAGAUGCCAUUUAUGUUUUGGAGCCACCGGCACCAGCACAAACUGUCAUCACCAAACGUGAAUGUUGUAUAAUUGAAGUUGAAAACUUUGCUUUGAUUUUGGAAUCUGGUACUGGGUGCUUUACAACACCAUUGCUUUCAAUUGAUACAACUCUGGAGGCCAUGGCCAAUAACUGGAGUUCAAAUCUGAGUGCCAGUGGUCGCCUCAGUUUAACCAUGAACUAUUACAAUCAAGCAUUGGCCGAUUGGGAACCUGUUAUUGAACGUAAUGAACGUAUCAAAAAAGACGGUGAACGUGUUACCUCCCCAUGGGAAUUGAAUUUCAAUUUGGCCAUUGAAAAAACGGUCUCCGAAAUUGAAGAAGAUAAAGAAGAAUCCAAGACUUCCAUUAAAAUACAUUCAGAAGAAAAUUUGGAGAUGACUGUUAGUAAAACAUUUUUGGAUAUUGUUACACAAUUGGGAGAGGCCUUCAGCAAGGCCAUGGACCCUAGCGGUCUAAUCAAGCCAGAUGUUGAGGCUGGUCAUGUUGUGAUUAAUGACACCGGAUUCGAUUUGAAUUUAUCGUUUACUCGUGGUGCAUUCACCCUGCAUGAAUGCCAUAUGCCACAUGGUAGUAUUAGUGGCAACAAGACGUUGGUAUUCCAAAGUGAACAGGGUAAAGACGUUUCACCAGAUACUGUACAACAUUGUACCAUAUCGCCGGGCUGCAAGGCAUACUUACAAUCGAAAACUGUACCCGAAGGACCGGAUGCCUAUGAGCAGAAUAUUUAUGCCACAAUAGGAAAUAUAAAUAAGCAGCUGGUGUUGCCAGUCUGCAAGUCAGACAAGAGAUAUUUCCCAUUGUAUCGUGACACAAAUCAGGAUCCUUGGGGUAUUGUAUCCGAAGUGAAAAUGGAAUUUGGUGUUACAGUUAUUAAUAUACACAGUGUUUUGAAUAUUCACAAUCACUUUACCACACCCGUUAAAGUGUUCCGCAAAAUGGCCAAGAAUGGUGAAAUAAUACAAGUUGGAGUGGUAGAUCCCGGCAGUAUUUAUCAUGUGCCCCUACAUGCAAUUUAUUCCGAAAAUAAAUGCUUGUUCUUUGGUAUUGAGGACUAUAAUGUAUCGGUACAAGGUAUUAAAUGGGACGACUUCCCCACUGAUAUGAAUUACAUGCGCCAUUUGCAAUGUGAUCCAAUAGAAACUUUUGAACCCUUCUUUAUCAAUGUUAGCCGUGAGAAAACCGAAAUCUAUCAUGAACAUACAAAUAAAUUUAAAUUACUCAGUGCAUUCUACACGCUGCACUUGAGACCACCAGUUUAUUUGCGUAAUUCAUUACCGAUUAAUGUGACCGUAUCAGUGGCUGGUUGUUCUGUACGCCAGGCUAAUGCCGCCAGUGAAGCUGUACAAACGGAGGAAUCAAUUUCGUCAGGUUCUGAAACCGAUAAAACCAAAUCACAAUCUCAAGUUGAUACAUUCGUCAAGGAAGAUCUAUUGGAUUAUGGUGAAAAGGACAUUGAAGCUGGUAGUGUGCUGCAUUUGCCCACAGUAACAUUGGCAGGACGUAGUAAGGUUUCCAAGAGUUAUUUGGUUGUAAGGAUGAUACAAUAUUUAGAACGAGAUUGGUCUUGUACCACUGAAAUUUGUGAAAAUCAAAUCGGUGUUGUCAAUUGGCGUUUUAGUUCAUACGAUUCGGACGUUAAAAUGAGCAUGGAUUUAUGUGUUAAAUUUGAAGAUCGUUAUGGUAGUUUAUUGAUUACCCUCUUCUCACCAUUUUGGCUUAUCAAUAAGACCGGACAAAUGUUAAGUUAUAAAACGGAUAGUGAAAAUGUUGAAGUUUUAUAUCAUCCACCCGAAUAUACUGGACCAAUAUUGUUUUCUAUGCGUGAUAAAUAUUUGUUCGAUAAGAAAACGUGUACCAUUCGUGUUGAUAAUGGUGAAUGGAGUAAUAAGAUCCCAUUGGAUGUGGCUGGUUCUGUUGGCUCAAUCGGCUGUAAGACCAAUGAUCAAACAUACCAGAUUGGUGUUCACAAUCACUUGACCCAAAAUUCGCUGACCAAACAAAUUACCUUUAUACCCUAUUAUACGAUUAUGAAUAAAUGUAAUUAUGUUAUUGAAGUCCAAGAAAAUUCACGCCCGGCAGAUCCAUGGAAUAAGCUUGAACCCAAUAGCUGUUUCCCCUUAUGGCCACGUAAUGAUUCCGAUCACAUGUUGGUUGUCAAGGUUGAUGGUCAACGAACCGUACCAUUUAAGUACUCCGAACCAUGUAACAAUUUAUUGCAAUUAAAUAUGCACAAGAACGGUGGUGUAAAUGUCGAUGUCCAAACCACAGAGGGUGGAGUUUAUAUCACCUUCACGGAAUAUAAUCCUGGAGAUGCACCAGGUUUAUUAAUCAAUCAUACUCGCUAUCCGGUCUAUUACUAUGAAAAGGGUGUGGGCAACAAAAUGGUCCUACAGCCACAACAAAAGGUUCUUUAUACAUGGUGUGAUCCGGCCGGUGAAAAAGCCUUGGUGUGUGGUGAAAAUAAUGUUGAAAAUGAUUUAAGACGUGAUGGUUUUGGCAAAAUCACUUUGGAAGGCGAUACCGGUCCCUAUUGGGUAUCAUUUUUGAAUGGUUUACAGCGUGUUUUGUUGUUCACCGAAUAUGAAGGUAUAGCCAAAAAAUCCGAGACCACAAAUGCCCUGGCAAGCAUUACCCAAUCGAUUGAAAUUAAAAUACAUGGUAUUGGUUUGUCGUUGGUGAACAAUGAAACAGGAGUUGAUAUUCUCUAUUUGGGUAUUACAAGCUCAGGCAUUGUCUGGGAAACCCGCAAACAUGCCAAGAAACGUUACAAGCAAUUCAGCUUGCAUGAAACUGAACGUCUUGAGGCUAUGUAUCAGGAAUAUCUUUUGGACAAAGUUAGGAAUACCAAAAAAUCCUAUUUAUUGGACGGAAAAUAUGAGGUUGAUUUUGAAAACAAUACCAUAUUGAAAAAUAACACAUUGCGUGAAAUUAAACGUUACUUCCAACCUGGUGUUUGGAUUAGCCUAGACUCCUCACCCUUCCAAUCACAAGUACAUGCCAAAAUCAAUCGCAUUCAGCUGGAUAAUCAACUAACCGAUUGUAUAUUCCCCGUUGUAUUGGCACCCAUUCCACCACCAAAGACCCUGGCCAAAUCGAUACAAUUCAAACCGUUCGUUGAAGUUAGUAUUGUCGAAAGGGUUGUACCACACUCCACCGUUAAACAGUAUAAAUAUGCUCGUGUGCUUAUGCAAGAAUUCCAUUUCAAAGUUGAUUUGGUCUUCUUGAUGGCUAUUGCAGAACUCUUCUCGGCCAGUGUUGAUGAUGAACGUGAAGCAAAACUCUUUAAAGAUGAUGUGGAAUCAAUUGAGAAACCAUUAUCGGAUUUGGUACAAAUUCAUUCACAACAACAACAAAAGAAUUUCUAUGAUAAUUUACAUUUGGGUCCUAUGAAAGUGCAUGUUAGUUUCUCAAUGGCUGGUGUUGAUACAUCGGCUUUGCCCGGUUUCCUAUCGAAUCUAUUGCAAGGUGUGGGUGUUACCCUAACCGAUGUCAAUGAUGUGGUUAUUCGUUUAGCUUUCUUCGAGCGUGAAUAUCAAUUCUUUACACAGGAUCAAUUGAAAUCGGAAAUUGUGUCUCACUAUACGGGUCAAGCAUUGAAACAGAUUUAUGUUUUGGUGUUGGGUUUGGAUGUUUUAGGUAAUCCAUACGGUUUGGUUGUUGGCAUUAAGAAGGGCGUUGAAGACUUGUUCUAUGAACCAUUCCAGGGAGCCAUCCAAGGUCCAGGUGAAUUUGCUGAAGGUCUUGUAUUGGGCGUUCGCUCAUUGUUCGGCCAUACUGUGGGUGGUGCUGCUGGUGCAGUAUCAAAAAUAACUGGCGCUAUGGGUAAAGGCCUGGCUGCCCUUACUUUUGACGAUGAAUAUCAAAAGAAACGACGUCAAGCAAUGAAUGCUAAACCCAAAACUUUCCAGGAAGGCAUGGCACGAAGUGGCAAAGGUUUAGUUAUGGGCUUUGUUGAUGGCGUUACUGGCUGUGUUACAAAACCAAUAACCGGAGCCAAAGAAGAAGGUGUUGAGGGCUUCUUCAAAGGCUUGGGUAAGGGAACAAUUGGUUUGGUUACACGUCCCACAGCUGGUAUUGUCGACUUUGCGCAUGGCACCUUUGAUUCCGUUAAACGGGCUACCGAAGUGCAAGAUGAGACAACACGUUUGAGGCCACCACGUCUAUUCCAUGAGGAUAAAUUGCUGAGAUCAUAUUGUUUGGAUGAGGCCAAGGGCAAUCAAUUAUUGAAGGAAAUUGAAAAAGGCAAAUACGCUAGCACUGACAGUUUUGUGCACUGCGAAGAGAUAGUAUCGAAACAGGAAUUCGUUGUGGUCUCCAAUCAUCGUAUUAUUUAUGCCACACGCAAUGAUAUGUUUGGUACCUGGGGUGUUCAAUGGACAUAUUUAUGGUCUGAAAUUCAAAAUGUCACCAACACAGAUCGUGGCAUUGAAAUUCUCUUGAAAAAAGAGGGCAAAAAGGUAUUGGGUCUCUUUAGUUCCGGCGAACAGCAGCAUAAGCUAAUAUUAAUGUCUUCGCCAAAGCGACGUGAAAAACUGCUUGAAGCCAUAGAAUCUCAUCGGGUUGUUUCAUAA